AUGGCUCCCGCGGCUUACAAUGACCGUGAUGGUCACCUAGAGGCUGGACUUCUGAAGAGCACCCAAGGAGAGAAGCAGACCGGAUAUCAGCACCUCACGCAGCAGACCCCCAGCAAGAAUAGGAAGAUGGUUUACUUUAGGCGGGCACUGUUCAUCAUCGCAGUGGGCUUCGUCCUCGGCUUGGGCGUUGCCACUGCUCGGCCCAGCGUCGUCAACUGCCACAAGUCCAACAAGAUGGCCGUGGCCAAGGCUCACGCCUCCAACGGGGAGCUGGCUGAGGCACUUCAGAAGGCGUCUCCUGAUCUGCUUCACCGGCUGCUGCAUGCUUAUCUCCCCGAGAGAUACCAGCACGGCGUCUUCCCCUCGGAUCGUGAUGCCAUUGAUGCUAUCCAUGGCGACGACCCUUCUGUAGCUUCGGCUAUUGUCCAGAUUGCCAAGAGACAAGAGGAUACACCAAACAACAACUCCACCAUCCCCAAUUCAUCGUCUACAACUCCCCCGUCCUCUUCGUCUACUUCGGUACAGGAAUCCUCAACUUCGCCUGCACAGUCAACCACGGAUUCGUCAUCAUCCUCGACCACCACUCCUGAGCAAUCCUCGACUGAGUCUACUACGACCCAACCCGCCAGUACCACUGCUGGGUCCACAACCUCGGACUCAUCUUCAACCUCUACCCCUGCUUCCACCACCGCAGGGCGCACCACCACCGACGAACAGACUACUACUAACACCGGAAGUGCAACCUCAACCGAGCCCCCAAGCUCGACCACUUCGCCUUCUGAAUCCACUACUACUACUGGUACGUCCACCACAGGAACUGAAGAGACCACUACGGCUGCCUCCUCCUCUCCCACCACCACCGCUCCAGAGUCCACCACCUCUUCUGGUAGGUCGUCAUCAAGCAUCGUUUCAUCGUUUACCGAUGCAUCUACAACUGCUUCUGAUACUUUGCCCCCUUCCUCUUCUACCUCUUCCUUCCCUUCUUCAACUUCCCCUCCGGAAUCGACGACAACGACAGAGACCACUACUGAUAACUCCAUAACAUCAUCAACCACUACUAGCGAGGGUCCGGCAACAACCAUUACUUCAGGCACUAAGACGACGUCUGCUCCGGUUCUCCACACUUACACCAGAACUCUUCCCAACGGCGGCACCACCACACUCACUUCCACCUCAUGGGUUGCCGUUGUCCCUACCGACCAGGCCGAGGGAUCCAAGAGCCCUGACCUUCAGAACGCUGCCUCCCUGCCUCGUGGCGAGAUGGUGCUGCCUGCUGUCAUUGGUCUCUUGGUUGGAGCCGUUCUUAUGGUAUAA